AGAAGGACUCCUCCCUGUCAUGCUCUCUCGGCGGAGUGUCCUCGUUUGUUUUUGUUGUGUGAGAGGAGAAGCAUCCAGCCUACAGAUUAAGCAUUUGGGGUAUUUAUAAAUAAUUUCCUCCGUUAAUUAUGUGAUGUUGCUUUAGAUCAGGUAGCUAUAACCGUAUUGUUUAAUUAGCGUGGUCCAUCGCUUCCAUUAGAUCUAUGAGAGGGAAGUGAAUGAAAUAUCAAGCUAGCCAGUCAGCUAGCUUCCAGUACAUGCGAGUUGGCUCACAACACCUUGCCAGCUACAGCCUAACGUCACAUCAAUAGAUUACGGGACAAGCCACUUCUCUGGACAACUGUUUACGUUAUCCAUUUUCUACAAAAUCGUGGGGAUAUUUUAUCUAAAUCUCAAUCAUGAGUGAAGAGGAGAGUUCCACCUCAACCGGUUACAACAAGGACUCGAGCAUUUCGCUUCUAUUAAUAACCAAGGACGGACAGACGUACUACGUUGACAAGAGCGGUGUUGUCGACAGCAGAAAUGUAGUCACGCCGCAAGAGUCGGACAAUAMCAUGUUCUCGUACGACAUGGAUGAUGCCGACGAGGAGAGCGAUGUUUUGGACACCUCGGACCCGCGUGACAGCGCUGCGAGUCCCGAAGAACUCAACGAGGAAGACGGGUUCGGGGAGAACGAGAACGUGUCGAAGACGUGCACGUACGACGGUUGUACGGAGACCACGACCCAGGUAGCCAAGCAGCGGAAGCCGUGGAUGUGUAAGAAGCACCGCAACAAAAUGUACAAAGACAAGUACAAGAAGAAGAAGAGUGAUCAGGCCCAAGGUCACGUGUCCAGCGGGAAACAAGAUGAGAGCUUGGAGGAGAGCCUUGUCUGUGAAACAAGCAGCGUCUCGGCCACCAUGGACCGGCCGGCCAGACCCUCCCUCAUCGAACAGGUGCUCAAACCAGAGAGACUUUCUCUCUGA